AUGAUCUCAGGCUUCAGAAGAGUUCAAGUUAAGAUCAGUAUAACGCAAGAGAAAGCAGUCGUGAUCCUCCAGGCCUGGUGGCGGGGCACCCUGGUGCGCAGGACGCUGCUGCACGCGGCGCUCAGCGCGUGGAUCAUUCAGCGCUGGUGGAAGCAAAAGCUGGCUACGCUGUUGGAGGAGAGGCGGCGGGCAACCCUAGAUUCAUAUGCGCGGAGCGAGUGGGCGGCGGUCAGGCUGCAGUCCUGGGUCCGCAUGUGGUGCGUCCGCCUGCGCUACAGCCGUUUGCUCCACGCCGCCCGCAUCAUCCAGGUGUAUUGGCGCUGGCAUAGUUGCCGUAACCGUGGUUUUAUUCAGGGCCAUUAUGACAUCAAAGAAAGCCAAAUGAAUCUUGAACUUCAAAUCUCUUUGGGCUCACAGGCUUGUAGGAUGCAACAGUGCAUACCCCUUCCAAUAAAGGAGUGA